AUGAGGUCAGUAGAGAGCAAUAGAUCUCAAAGUUGUCGAGAGGAGUUUAAUUUGGAUAAAAGAUGUGGUCAGUUGGAAUACCGUUACAUUACACAUUGGAUAUAUAGAUGGAGAAACCCCAAAUGCAAUGGAAGACUCCCUCCAGGUUCCAUGGGGCUGCCACUACUUGGGGAGAACCUUCAGUUUUUCACAUCCUACAACUCCUUUGGUAUUCCACCUUUCAUUGAGAAACGAAUGCAACGAUACGGGCCAUUGUUCAAAACUAGUUUGCUGGGUCAGCGAGUUGUAAUAUCGACAGACCCAGAGUUCAACCAUUACAUCUUACAACAAGAGGGAAAAUUGGUUGAAUUAUGGUAUAUGGAUUCCUUCAUGGAGCUUAUUGGGCAACAAGUUUCAUCAAACACUGUCCACAGGCACGUUAAGAGCAUCGUUAUGAAUGACUUUGGUGUGGAAAGCCUUAAAGGGACGACGAUCCUUGAUGUAGAACAAAUGGUGCGUCAAACACUACUCUCCUGGUCCAGAAUGGAAACCAUUGAAGUGAGAAUGGCGACUCAGAAUAUGGCAUUUGAGUUGGGUGCCAAGAAGUUGAUUAGCUAUGAUUCAACCAAGUCCGCAUUUCUUGUUCAGGCAAGGAAGAGUGUUAUAAAAAUGCUGAGGGAUAUGUUAAAAGAGAGACGAGCUUCAUCGAUAUCUAAGAAGAGUAGUGAUGAUUUCCUUGAUCAUGUCAUCCAAGAAAUGGAGAAAGAAGGGACCUUCUUUACCGAGGAAGCUUCUGUUCAGCUCAUAUUUGCACUUAUAUUUGCCACCUUCGAGACCACUUCCAUGGCACUCAUUUUGGCUAUUAAAUUUCUUACCGACAACCCUGCAGUGCUCAAUGAAUUAACGGAGGAGCACGAGGCAAUUCUGAGAAGAAGACGAAAUAUGGAUUCUGCAAUCACUUGGGAAAAAUAUAGGUCAAUGACUUUCACAUUAAUGGUUAUCCAUGAAGUACUUAGGUUGGCGAAUAUCGUCACAGGGAUAUUCAGAAGAGCUCUUAAAGACAUCCAAAUAAAUGGUUAUACUAUUCCAGCAGGAUGGACAAUUAUGGUUUGUCCUUUUACUCUGCAUUUGAAUCCAAGCAAGUAUGGAGAUCCCCUUGCCUUCAACCCAUGGAGAUGGAAGGGCCUUGCACAAAACACUUCAAAGAAUUUUAUAGCUUUUGGGGGAGGCAAGAGAUCGUGUGUCGGAGCAGAGUACAGUAAGGUGGUAAUGGCAGUCUUUCUACAUUCCCUGGUCACUAAACAUAGGUGGAGGAUAGUCGAGGGAGGAGAAAUAGUCCGAACGCCUUCUUUGUCAUUUCCAAAUGGUUUCCAUAUUCGAGUCUUAGAAAAAUAA